GGCUCGGCGCGGCUCCGCUCGGCUCGGCGGGGCUGGGACCGGCUGACGCGCUGUCCUGCCCCGCGGAGCCCCGGGCCGGGCUCCGGCAGCCGGUCAUGGCCUCCAAGCUGCUGCGGGCGGUGGUGCUGGGACCCCCCGGCUCUGGGAAGGGGACGGUGUGCGAGAGGAUCGCACGCAGCUUCGGGCUCCAGCAUCUCUCCAGCGGCCAAUUCCUGCGGGAGAGCCUCGGCGGCGGCGGCGAAGUUGGUGUCUUGGCAAAGCAGUACCUCGAGCGAGGCCUUCUGGUGCCCGACCACGUCAUCACACGCGUGAUGAUGACAGAGCUGGAGAAGCGGCGAGAGCAGCACUGGCUGCUGGACGGUUUCCCUCGGACGCUGGGGCAAGCUGAGGCGCUGGACAGGAUCUGUGCUGACCUGGUGAUCAGCUUGAACAUUCUUGAGACACUGAAGGACCGCCUUAGCGCCCCCUGGGUCCACCAGCCCAGCGGGAGGGUGUACAACAUGGACUUCAACCCCCCCCACGUCCAGGUAGAGCCCGUAGCAUCCCGGGGCAUCGAUGACCUGACGGGCGAGCCGCUGGUCCAGCGUGAGGACGACAGACCCGAGGCUGUUGCUGCCAGGCUCAGAAAAUACAAAGAUGCUGCAAAGCCAGUGAUAGAGAUGUACAAGAGCAGGGGUAUCCUUCACUCCUUCUCGGGCACAGAGACCAACAAGAUCUGGCCGUACGUGUACACCCUGCUUUCCAGCAAGAUCCCACCCGUCGUCUCGGAUGAGGAGAACUAAACAGCUUGUGCCAAGGACCGAGAGUUGAUUCCAUCACGGAUUUGGUUUCUCUGUGCGGUGCUGGGGCUGUGCUCAAAUUAGGCGACUGUGUGGUAUCUAAAGUCCCUUCCGUGGGUGUACUGGGUGACAUUGGUGGGUACAUGGUUAUAGCCAGUAUCAGGGUGAAAAGGUCUUUAUUUAUAAGGUCAA